AAUAGUUCCGGCGGAAGUGAGUAGAACCAUCCUGCUACAUACACUCAAAAUGUCAACCGGGGUGGGAAAACACAAGAUGCUGUCUGUGGGUCCGACUGAGCCCUGGUCGGUUCGGGAGAAGCUCUGUCUCGCCUCCUCUGUGAUGAGAAGCGGCGAUCAGAACUGGGUGUCUGUAAGCCGAGCCAUCAAGCCCUUCUCAGAGCCUGGACGACCCCCGGACUGGUUCUCCCAGAAGCAUUGUGCCUCCCAAUAUUCUGAGCUGCUGGAAACCACAGAGGCCCCAAAACGUAAACGGGGUGAGAAAGGGGAGGUGGUCGAGACCAUUGAGGAUGUGAUCGUGCGUAGAUUGACAGCAGAGAGGAUCGAGGAGCUCAAGAGGCUGAUCAAAGACACACAGGAGAAAUACAGGAAACUGAAGAGAGAGGUGGAUUUGAUUCAGGCAGGCCAUCUGGACCCUACACUGGAAGAGCUGUGGGCAGAUAUAGAGCUAAAGAGGAGGCAGGAUGAAGAGCAGGCAGAGCAGAAGAAGAGGGCGACUGAGGCAGCAUAUCAGGUUCGUCAGGCAGCUAAAAAUACACCCAAGAGAGUUCCCAGCGUGACCGUACGUUCUCCACCCAGUGCUAGUUUUCCAAGCCUGGACGUCUUGCAACCAGAAACACUGCAGCCAAUGACAGAUGAAUCCUGUGCCAGUCCCAUGGCUCAAGGACUGACCGUCUUCAUGGCUAUGUCUGAGGUCACGGGUCCAGGGCCUAAAGAGUCAGGUCUGGCCCCUAUGGUAGAUGACUCCCCGCAGAAGAAGCACCUCGUUUCAAAAGCCACACCACCUCCCUCCCCGCUGCUGUCUGAACUGCUGAAGAAGGGCAGUCUCAUCGCUGCCAGCUCUAGACUUGUGGUUGAAGGUGAUGUGGCCACAUGUUUGAGUAAUGGAUCACACGGAGUGGAGCUUCACACUGCUGCAACCGCUCUGCCUGCUAAUCAAGACAUUACAGCUGAUGCUCCUACGUUAUCUCGUCUGUUGGAAAGCGCCACCCCAGCGCAGCCACCUGUCAUUGCUGAUCCCCCUAAGCCCCCCACAGUGGUCCUCCCAGCCCCGGACCACCUCUCUGUGCCCAAAACAGGAGCUGCAGCCGUUGCUGAAGGUUCUAGUGCAGAAGCAGUAAUGUCAGGGUCAUCCACGCCGGCUGAGGUGGAGGGGAAGGAGGCAGAGCUGGUGGAGGAGGACACAGUGAUGUCAGUGUCAUACAUGGCCCACGAACUGGACCUGGAGACAGUGGGAGACAUCAUUGCAAUCAUAGAGGAGAAGGUGGACGAUCCUGUGGAGGCUUUGGACGCAGCCGCAGUGGAGGCAGCUCUCUCUCUCUGUGAGGACCCAGCGGUCAAUGGCCACCCCCUCACCAGUCCUUGGGAGUCACAGACCUUUAAGGCAGCCGAACCAGAGCCCAUCGUCCAGCAGAGUCCUGCCCCAGCGGUCACACAGAGCAGCCCUGAGCCUGCGGGUGUGCAAGGAGAAAUGGAGGUUCUGGUAGAGAAGGCUACAGAAACCGAAGCAGUUGAUGAAGUGACAGGGGACACUGUGGCACCUGCCGCCCCUGACACAGAGCAGAGCCAGGACUCUGAGGUUAAGACUGAGGGUGAGAGGGAAGGAGACGGAGAAGGAGGGAAGGAGGAAGCACAGCAGGAGAACAGAACCCUGAGUCCAGUCGUGAAGUGUGAGGGGGAGGACUGGGUUCAGCCAGACACCAUGACGCCCUGUCUGGACUCAGAAGAUAGCUCAGCCUCGGCGAAAGACACAAAGGAGGUGAAGGAAGAGGAUGGAGGCAGUGAGGUGGAUGUGGAUGAAGGGAUGGAGAUGAAAGAGUGUGGCGAUGGGGACGGAGAGGGGCCGUAUCUCUCAGAGGUUGAUCCUCCUGCCAGUGAGAGUGAGGAUGGAUACGGCAGUCACUCUCAGCGCUACACUACAGCGGACUCCAUCGCCAGCAGCCCUGCCUCAUCUCAGUUCUCCAUGUGCAGUGAAGAUCAAGAGGCCUUGCAGGCUCAGAAGAUCUGGAAGAAAGCCAUCAUGCUGGUGUGGCGGGCAGCAGCCAAUCACCGGUAUGCAAGUGUGUUUCUGCAGCCUGUGUCUGAUGACAUCGCCCCUGGUUAUCACAAUAUUGUACACAGACCGAUGGACCUAUCAGCCAUCAAGAAGAACAUCGAGUCUGGGCAGAUCCGCACAACGGCGGAGUUCCAGCGUGACAUCAUGCUGAUGUUCCAGAACGCGGUGAUGUACAACAGCUCAGAUCAUGACGUCUACCACAUGGCCCUAGAGAUGCAGAGGGACGUUCUGGAACAGAUCCAGCAGUUCUUGGCCACUCAGCUGAUCAUGCAAACAUCAGAAUCAGGCAUCGGCACCAAGAGCCUACGCGGAAGGGAGGCCAACCGCAAACAAGACCCUAAUGAAAAGACCCUGAGUCCUGCACACAAAGACCCUCAUUUAGAGCCAGAACCACCAGCCAGAAGGAAAAGGAACAACUCCAAACAAGACACUAAUGAGAAGGACAGCCUCUCCAUGGCCUCUCCCGCUUUCCUUCUCUCUCUCUUUGAUGGAGGCACCAGAGGGCGCCGCAGUGCCAUUGAGGCCGAUAUGAAGAUGAAAAAGUGAACGGAGAUGUCGCACUGCUGCUGUUACGGAAGUUCAUAUAGGAUUUAUUUCCGUUUUGUUUAGAAGUUCUGGCUAAGCUUGACACAGCAAUUCGACAGUCUAAUUACAGAAGGACACAGAAAGAAGGGAAACUUUAAGGGCUUGACCCCCUUUCACAGAAACCCUUCAGUCCUAGACCUGAAAAACUGGCCAAAUGUGCUCUGAUUCUAGACUCACGGGACAGGACAAACUGACCUUGUGUUUGUUUGAGUUUAGGAGUUGCUUAAAAGAUUUUAAAUUGAUGUCACAAAUUCUAGCUGUCAUCACUGGCCUUUAAAAAAAAAACUGAAUGUACCACUGUCAUGAAUCAGAAUGUUAUUUUCUAGAGUCAAGAAUGAAAUCUUACAAGCCAUUGUUCAUGAUGUGGAACCCUGAACGAUGGAGAAGGGAGCAAUAAAAGUAAGCUUUUUUCUUCUAUAGGAAUGAAGAUGGAUACAAAGCUUCUUUUAACUUGAUUUUUUCCUAGUCAGGAUUAUGGAUGCUUUGAUUUACAGUUAAAGGUCUACUGUACUAUGUUCAGUUUGUUUUUGUUCUUUAAGUGAUAAUUAAUUUGACAUCUGUAUGUUUAGAAAGAACAUAGUUUUGUACAGGGUAUUUGUGUACAGUGUUUUUGUAUAUUGUGUCAUUAAAUGAUUUAAUAAAUAAACGAAAGUCUGGAAUUAUAAGAUAUCGUUUUAGGAAUAAUUUAUUCAACUUGUGCUUCAAAGCAAAAAAUAUUAGUACAAAUGCUUAACUGGGAGGACAAUACCAGCCUGUCCUUUUCAAAGUCUCACAUACACCCAAAAAAAAAAAAAAACACUCAAUAUCCAUUAAAGACAUCAACAUGUAUCAGUGGCG